UGUGGAGUUUGGUUUGAACCUAUUACAACAGUUUAAACAGAGUUAAUCUAAUACACCAGAAACCAAACUCCAUUUAAAAAUGUAGAAAUUAUACGUUGUCAUUCUCUGGAGACGUCAACAGAAGUCUUCAAAAACACAGACACCAAACUUCAUUCUUUAUCAGUCAUUCAGUGCUGUUUGAUAAGUGAUCCAAACACUUUCCUCCAUCACAUGCCAGGCUGCAGGUUGAAGCAUCUGAUGGGUGAAUGAACAGCAAUCUGGAGGAUUUAAAUUUUGAAUUAAAUAUGAAAAUAAUUGUAGAUAACAAAGUUGUGUUGAAUCAGAAACAGAUAUUGUUGUUGUGACACCUGGACAGUAAAGUUGUGUUGUAUGAGGGUUGCCUGGAUGUAAAGGUUAAACUCUUCCUGUUUGUUCAGAACAAAGCCCAGCAGACGUGGUGUAAACCCGUCUGUGUUUAUUGGGUUUGCCCAGUGACACGGCGGGUGGCGGGGCCCCUGUGAGGUGGGGGGGCGGGGCCUCUGCAGGGGCCGGGGGCCACACAAAGCAGGGAAGCUGUGUGAGCGAUGCCAUUAACUUCAAACAGAGAGAUGUGUGCAUUGAUAACAUCCUGUCUGCGUUUCAACGACAUCCUGCAUGCAGGCGACCUCGCUGAAUGAUGCUGUUGUCUCAGUGUCGGCCAAUCAGUCUCUCCGGCUGAGUGCGGGGGGGCGGGCCGAGGCCUGGCAGGGACACAGGUCUCCUCUCAGACCACUGGAUGUAUGAAGGGUUUCCUCUGGCGCUGCCAGCCCGCUCAGGAUAUUCCCUGGAAGGAGUCAUGUCCUGGUGAGGAGCCCUCCCCCCGUUAGGGAGGCAGGGAGGUAAAGAGUGGGAGCACCAGGAGACCCGUGGAUCCAAAGACUGUGAGCGGCGCCAUCAUGGACCCAAGUACCCACGCUCUGGAGCUGUCAGGGGUGUUUUUGGCGGCGGCAGCCUGGCUCUGCUCGCUGGCCACCACCCUGAUGUCCACCUGGCUCACCCUGUCCACCGACCUGCUGCCCACAGAGAGCUACGAGCUGGGCCUGUGGGAGACCUGCGUGGUCCAGGACCACGGGGCGCUUGAGUGCCGGCCCUACGACAGCCUCCUGGGCCUGCCGCCGGACAUCAAGCUGGCCCGGAUCCUCAUGUGUGUGACAGUGGCCACCGGGUUGCUAGGACUCCUGCUGGCUAUCCCUGGCAUGCACAUGGUCAACAGCUGCCAGGACCAGCACUGCAAGAGGGCCAUGAAGACAGCAGGGGGGGCGCUGAGCCUGGCAGCCGGGGUCCUGGGGCUCAUCCCGGUCUCCUACAUCGCCCACCUGACGGUGUUGCGCUUCUUUGACGAGUCGUUGCCGGAGGUGGUGCCGCGCUGGGAGUUCGGGGACGCUCUGUUCUGCGGCUGGACGGCCGGAGUUCUUCACCUGACGGCCGGAAGUCUGCUGCUGACUUCCUGUUUGUGUGUGCAGACGGAAAACUGUCACGCACCUGUUGCCCCCAUCCCGCUGGUGAGGGUGCAGCCUGGACCGCCCCCCUUCAGGACCAGAUCUGAGUAUGUCUGAGACGGGGACUGCAGAGUCCACAUGUCAUUAUAUCUGUCCAGUGAUUCGGUCGGUCCGGUGAGUUCUGCUGCUCCCAAGUCCAAAAGUUACAAAAGACAAUGUGUCUGCAAUGAAACGGGCUUUGUUCUGUGUGAAGUUCUGAAUCAGAGUUUUAAUUCAGAUUAAAUGUUCUAAACUCUGGCUGAGUUUCUUCCAUUCAGAACCACACACAGACAAUGGAUAUUUUUAUUGAGCUCUAUACUCGUUUCCUAAAACUCCAACUUUUCAGGAUUUGUUUUUCUGAACAGGUUCACCUGAAAUAAAACAGCUUGUUUUCUCAGUGAAGUUCUGAAUCAGAGUUUUAAAUAGAAGCUUAAAGAACAUAACUGGAUUUGAAAAUCAUUAUUUCAUAAACUCAAAAUCUUGUUGAAUCUUAUCUGGAUAAAAAUAAAAAUAAUCAGAUCAGAUGUGAAGCUGAAUCAUUAGUUUGUUUCCUCAGAAGAUUUAAAGAGUGUAAAACAUUUCUUCUGGUUCAGAAUUGCUCAGAGAAAAGAACAUUUUCACUGACGUUAGAGAACGUCAGUGAAAAUGCUGACUGUUACUUUUAGACUCUGGAGCAGUAAAACAAAUAAAAACAUCAUUUCCCAGAAUCCAUCCUGACAGAGUUUAUUGUCGUUGGACACUUGGAGACUUUCAGCUUCCUGACGUCUCCUUCAAUCAUUCAGCUAUUUAGUGUUUAAAUCCAAAGAGACAAACGUGCUGCUGCUUCCUGUUCUGUCUGCAGGAGACGACCCGACUGUAAUCCCUCCACUUCUGGUUCUGGACACAAACCAGCAUCACUGGUGUUUUUGUACUAAGUUGAUGUUUGAGCAGCUUUACAACAGACAUGAUGUGUUUAAUGUUCAGAGAGACGACGUGUGUUCAAUCAGACGCAGCAGAGCGGUGAUGCAACAUUUGAGAUUCUCCUCAGCAGGUGAUUGUAAAGACA